AGUAGUUACGCAUCAGCGCAAACAGUCUCGUCCGGUGAUCUAUCUUGUAUAUAAAUCAACACUUUCCAUACAUCAAUUUUGUUGUGUCCAGGAAACAAUCGUAGGUAGAACGAUUAAAACGUCGAUCAAGUGUACGUGAAAGUAAUUGAAAAAGGAGUUCUCUUAGGCAGAUCAACGACAACUACUACCAUGAACUUCUUCAGUGCAUGUGGUUUGGCACGUAUUGCAACGAGCGGGCCCCGUCAAUUGCGAUCGCUCAAUGGUUUGAUUGCACGUAGUCAGCAGACAGGGUUAUACUCGACGGGUUCCGUUGAACCGCAGAAAGGUAGUCCACCAGCUUCCGAUGCAUCACAAUCAGUCAGCGCUACGGCUAAUCUGAGUGCACGCACGCACGCCCCUAACAAUCUUGAGAAAAAGAUGCUUGUGUUCACCAAAAAAUACAAAUCUGUUGAUGAAAUUCCGUCUCUCAUUAACCAAGAAGUGAUGGAACGGUGUCGCAAUCAAGUUCGCAUCAAAGUCGCCAACUACAUGAUGAUUGCAACCGCGAUCGGCUGCAUCAUAAUGAUCCUCAGCGGAAAAGGCGCACAGGAGCGAGGGGAAUCGGUGCAGAAAAUGAACCUCGACUGGCACAAGGAAUACAAUGAAAAGGCUCGCCAAGAAAAAGCUGAAUCGAAGAAUUGAUUGGUCUGUUGAGUUUAAAUGUGAAAAUCGAUUAAUUUUCCGUGCAAACAACCGAAUGAUUACUUUCACCGUAGAGCAACAUUAACAGCUGUGCAUAAUUAUACAGUUUCAUUAUCACUCAGGUCAUAGUUUUCAAUUGGUUUAAACUUUAGUCCCAUUCAUAUGCUUAUGAUAUUGAUUGGAAACAGAUGAUAUAUUAUUUUAAA